AUGUUUCUUCGACCUGUGUCGUCCUCGUUUAUCUUCUUUCAUGUGGUUCCUCGUAAGCUCAAGACCAGAACUGUCCUUCGUACUCUUUGUGAGUUCAGGAUAAAGACGCCAAUAUCUGGUUUCCGAACUAGUUGUAUUGCUGUCUCUGUUUCUCUCUCUGAGGAUGAGUCAUUUCAAGAAAACGAAACUGUAAGAAAAGGAAUUAGACCUGAUGAUCAGACUUUUAUCUGGCUGCUUGAAGGAUGUUUGAAUAAAGAAGGGUCUUUAGAUGAAGGGAGAAAGCUACAUGCCCAGAUUUUGAGGUUGGGUUUUGACAAAGAUGCUUUCCUGUCUGAAAAGCUUCUUGAUUUUUAUCUAUUCAAAGGAGACAUAGAUGGUGCUCUCAAGGUGUUUGAUGAUAUGCCUGAUAGAACGGUUUUUACUUGGAAUAAGAUAAUAAAGGAGUUAGCUUCUAGGAAUCUGACUGGAAAAGUGUUGGGUCUCUUUUGGAGAAUGGUUACUAAACAUGUUACUCCUGAUGAAGGCACCUUCUUAGGUAUUUUGGAAGCCUGUCGUGGCGGAACUGUUGCUAUUGAUGCAAUUGAGCAGAUUCAUGCAAGGAUGAUUCAUCAGGGUUUGGGUAACAGUACAGUUGUGUGUAAUCCUUUGAUUGAUUUGUAUAAUAGGAAUGGGUUUGUGGAUCUAGCUAGAAGGGUUUUUGAUGGAUUACACAUGAAGGAUCAUAGUUCUUGGGUUGCAAUGAUAUCUGGGUUGUCGAAAAACGAAUGUGAAGCAGACGCCAUUAGAUUGUUCUGCGAUAUGUAUAUUUUAGGUGUCAUGCCAACGCCUUACGCGUUUUCAAGUGUUUUAAGUGCGUGUAAGAAGAUGGAAUCUCUUGAGAUGGGCGAGCAACUUCAUGGGCUUGUACUGAAGCUAGGGUUUUCCUCUGAUACGUAUGUGUGCAAUGCACUUGUGUCCUUAUACUUUCAUUUGGGAAAUUUGAUAUCAGCAGAACACAUCUUCAGCAACAUGUCACUUAGAGAUGCGGUUACUUAUAACACUCUAAUCAAUGGGCUUGGUCAGUGUGGUUAUGGUGAGAAAGCUAUGGAAUUGUUUAAACGAAUGCAGCUUGAUGGACUUGAACCAGACUGCAAUACUCUUGCAAGCCUUGUGAGUGCAUGUUCAGCUGAUGGAAUUCUUGUUAAAGGACAACAACUACAUGCAUACACAACGAAACUUGGUUUUAAUUCAAACAGCAAGAUUGAAGGUGCACUUCUCAGUCUGUAUGUGAAAUGCUCUGAUAUUGAAACUGCCCUUGAUUAUUUUCUUGAGACUGAGGUUGAAAAUGUAGUUCUGUGGAAUGUUAUGCUAGUUGCUUAUGGGCUACUAGACGAUUUAAGAAAUUCGUUUAGGGUUUUUAGACAGAUGCAAAUGGAGGAAAUUGUUCCAAAUCAAUAUACCUACCCGAGUAUUUUGAAAACUUGCAUCCGGCUGGGGGAUCUUGAGCUUGGAAAACAAAUCCAUAGUCAAAUAGUAAAGACUAGCUUUCAGCUCAAUGCAUAUGUGUGUAGUGUGCUCAUAGAUAUGUACGCAAAAUUAGGGCAGUUAGAUACUGCCUGGGAUAUUCUUAUAAGGUUUGCUGGGAAAGAUGUCGUGUCUUGGACAACGAUGAUUGCAGGUUACACGCAAUACAACUUCAACGACAAAGCUUUAACAACUUUCAGGCAGAUGUUGGAUUUAGGGAUCCAAUCUGAUGAAGUUGGAUUAACAAAUGCAGUUAGUGCAUGUGCUGGUCUUCAAACCUUAAAGGAAGGACAGCAAAUCCAUGCUCAAUCUUGUGUAUCUGGUUUCUCAUCUGACCUGCCAUUUCAAAAUGCACUGGUUACACUUUAUUCUAGAUGUGGAAAAAUAGAGGAAGCAUAUUUAGCGUUUGAAAAAACUGAGGCGGGAGAUAAUAUAGCAUGGAAUGCUCUGAUAUCGGGAUUUCAGCAGAGCGGAAACAAUGAGGAAGCACUUCGUGUCUUUGCUCGAAUGACCAAAGAAAGAAUUGAUAGUAAUAAUUUCACGUUUGGGUCUGCUGUAAAAGCUGCUUCCGAGACGGCAAACAUGAAACAAGGGAAGCAGGUCCAUGCAGUGAUCACCAAAACCGGAUAUGAUUCAGAAACUGAAGUUUGCAAUGCUUUGAUUUCUAUGUAUGCCAAGUGUGGAAGCAUUUCUGAUGCAAAGAAGCAGUUCCUUGAAGUCCCCACGAAAAAUGAAGUUUCUUGGAAUGCGAUAAUUAAUGCUUUUUCUAAACAUGGAUUUGGUUCUGAAGCACUUGAUCUCUUUGACCAGAUGAUACAUUCUAAUCUAAGGCCUAAUCAUGUGACGCUUGUGGGAGUUCUAUCAGCAUGUAGCCACAUUGGACUUGUGGACAAGGGCAUUGAAUACUUUGAAUCCAUGAACACAAAAUAUGGAUUAGUUCCUAAGCCUGAACACUAUGUGUGUGUAGUGGAUCUGCUAACCCGAGCUGGUCUUUUGACCCGUGCGAAAGAUUUUAUUCUGGAGAUGCCUAUUGAACCAGAUGCCUUGGUAUGGAGGACGCUUUUGAGUGCUUGUGUGGUGCACAANAACAUGGAAAUAGGGGAGUUUGCAGCACGUCAUCUCCUCGAGUUAGAACCUGAAGACUCAGCAACAUAUGUACUUCUGUCAAAUCUGUAUGCCGUGUGCAGGAAAUGGGAUGCUCGGGAUCGAACAAGACAAAAGAUGAAAGAAAAAGGUGUGAAGAAAGAACCUGGGCAAAGCUGGAUUGAAGUCAAAAACUCGAUCCACUCUUUCUACGUUGGCGACCAGAAUCACCCGUUGGCAAAUGAUAUACAUGAAUAUUUCCAAGAUCUUACCAAACAAGCAUCUGAGAUCGGGUAUGUGCAAGACUGUUUCAGCCUCUUGAAUGAAGCGGAGCAAGAGAAAAAAGAUCCGACAAUUUUCAUUCACAGCGAGAAACUAGCGAUUUCAUUUGGACUACUUAGCUUGCCUACAACAAUGCCUAUACAUGUAAUGAAGAACCUACGAGUCUGCAACGAUUGCCAUGAUUGGAUAAAGUUUGUAUCCAAGGUAUCAAAUCGAGAAAUCAUAGUGAGGGAUGCAUAUAGGUUUCAUCAUUUCGACGGAGGGGCUUGUUCAUGUAAAGAUUACUGGUAA